GUGAAAAUGAGUUCUUCAGUAAGAAGAAAAGGCAAGCCAGGCAAAGGAGGUGGAAAAGGGUCUUCUAGAGGAGGAAGAGGAGGCAGGAGUCAUGCUAACCUAGCAACAGUAGCACAAGCAAAGGAGAGGCUCGCCCCAAGUGGAAACCCAAAGCCAAAGUGCCCCUUCAGACUCUGCACAUGACUUCUGAGAAUCAAGAGAAAGUGAAAGCUCUUCUCCGAGACCUGCAAGAACAAGAUGCGGAUGCUGGAUCUGAAAGAGGCAUUUCUGGAGAGGAUGAGGAUGAUGAGCCUGAGUGUUGUGAUGAUGAGCAGUACUGGCCAGCUGGACAAGAACCUUCCCUGGUUCCCGACUCGGAGCCUUUGGAAUAUGCUGGUUUGGCCUCAGUGGAGCCUCAUAUUCCAGAACCGAUUGUCUCUCCGUUUGCAGUGCAGAAACUUUCCAGGUAUGGUUUCAGUGUUGAACGCUGUCAAGCGGUCCUGAGGAUUUGUGAUGGAGAUGUGGGGGCAUCACUGGAGCAUCUACUUACACAGUGUUUUUCAGAGACAUUUGGGGAGAGGAUGAAGAUCUCUGAGGCAGUUAACCAUGUCAGCUUAGCAGAGUGUGUGGAACAGCGACAAGAAGAGGCGUUUGCUCUCAAGUCAAUCUGUGGAGAAAAAUUUAUAGAAAGAAUUCAGAACAGAGUCUGGACCAUUGGAUUGGAACUGGAGUAUUUGACAAGUAAAUUCUGCAAAUCCAAGCAAAGGGAAAAUACAAAAAAUGUACAAGAAGCUUCACAUGAAAUCUGUAAAUUUUACCUCAAAGGAAAUUGUAAAUUUGGGUCAAGAUGCAAAUUCAAACAUGAAGUACCCCCAAAUCAAAUUGUUGGAAGAAUAGAAAGAAUUGUAGAUGAUUCUCAUCUUAACACUAAUGAAGAUACAUCUUUUUUAUAUGAACUUGAAAUUCGAUUUUCUAAAGACCACAAAUAUCCCUACCAGGCUCCCCUUGUGGCAUUUUAUUCCACCAAUGAGAAUCUACCUCUGGCAUGUCGUUUACAUAUUUCAGAGUUCCUUUAUGGCAAGGCCUUGACAUUUGCAGAAACUUCAGAACCUGUUGUAUAUUCUUUGAUGACACUUCUAGAAGAAGAAUCAGAAAUAGUCAAAUUACUAACAAAUACCCAUCACAAGUAUAGUGUCCCUCCUGCGAACUUUCUGCCAGUACCCUCUAGGACCAGAGUAAAUAAUCCCACCUGUUAUAAACCAGUGAUGCCAAGUAAUUCUUUUGUUUCAAUCCAGAUUCCAGAAGUUAAAAAGGACUCAGAAUCCGAGGAGGAGGUGGAUGAGGAUGAAGGUUCUGUCCCAGUUUUAGUAGAGAAUGAAAGCUAUGUGAACCUUAAGAAAAAGAUGCCCAAAAGAUAUGACUGGCAAGCAAAGUCAGUAUAUGCUGAAAAUGGUAAAAUCUGCAAGCAGUUCCGAAUAAAACAGGCUUCCAGACAGUUCCAGUCAAUUCUGCAAGAAAGACAGUCACUCCCUGCUUGGGAAGAAAGAGAAACCAUUCUCAGAUUGCUGAGCAAACACCAGGUGGUUGUCAUAAGUGGCAUGACUGGAUGUGGGAAAACCACACAGAUUCCACAGUUUAUUCUGGAUGAUUCUCUGAAUGGACCACCUGAGAAGGUGGCUAACAUCAUCUGUACCCAACCCCGACGAAUUUCUGCGAUCUCUGUUGCUGAACGUGUUGCUAAAGAAAGAGCAGAGAGGGUGGGUCUCACUGUGGGAUACCAGAUCCGGUUAGAAAGUGUCAAGUCCUCAGCCACCAGAUUGUUAUACUGCACCACAGGAGUGCUGCUGAGAAGACUGGAAGGAGAUACAGCCCUCCAAGGAGUCUCUCAUAUCAUUGUGGAUGAAGUUCAUGAGAGGACAGAAGAAAGUGACUUCUUGCUGCUAGUUUUGAAGGACAUUGUACUGCAGAGGCCAAAUCUUCAAGUUAUUUUAAUGAGUGCGACUUUAAACACUGAGCUCUUUUCAGAAUAUUUCAAUUCCUGUCCAGUUAUUACUAUACCAGGUCGUACAUUUCCUGUUGAUCAAUUUUUUUUGGAAGAUGCAAUUGCUGUAACAAGGUAUGUGUUGCAGGAUGGGAGCCCGUACAUGCGUUCCAUGAAACAGAUGUCAAAGGAGAAGCUGAAAGCACGGCGCAGCAGAACUGCUUUGGAAGAAGUAGAGGAGGACCUGAGGCUCUCGCUUCACCUCCAGGACCAGAAUUCUGUCAAAGAUGCAGUGCCAGAUCAACAGCUGGACUUCAAGCAGCUCCUGGCCCGCUACAAAGGAGUCAGCAAGGCAGUCAUCAAAACAAUGUCCGUUAUGGAUUUUGAAAAGGUUAAUCUUGAAUUAAUAGAGGCCUUACUAGAGUGGAUUGUGGACGGAAAGCACUCCUACCCUCCAGGUGCUAUACUUGUAUUUUUACCUGGACUAGCAGAAAUCAAAAUGCUCUAUGAACAGCUACAGUCUAAUUCUCUUUUCAACAGCAGACGUAGUAACCGAUGUGUGAUCCACCCGCUACACUCAUCUUUGUCCAGUGAAGAGCAGCAGGCUGUGUUUGCAAAACCUCCUGUAGGUGUAACUAAGAUUAUAAUCUCCACCAACAUUGCUGAGACGUCCAUCACCAUCGAUGAUGUUGUCUAUGUUGUUGAUUCUGGGAAAAUGAAAGAAAAGAGAUAUGAUGCCAGCAAAGGGAUGGAAAGUCUAGAGGAUACUUUUGUUUCCCAAGCCAACGCUCUGCAAAGAAAAGGCCGAGCGGGCCGUGUGGCCUCCGGGGUCUGCUUCCAUUUAUUCACCAGCCAUCACUACAGUCACCUGCUGUUAAAGCAACAGCUACCCGAAAUACAAAGAGUGCCGCUGGAGCAGCUGUGCCUAAGAAUUAAAAUUUUGGAGAUGUUCGGCGCUCAUAAUCUCCAGUCUGUAUUCUCUCAGCUCAUUGAACCUCCACACGCUGAUUCUCUUCGUGCCUCAAAAAUACGAUUACGAGACUUGGGAGCAUUAACCCCUGAUGAGAAAUUGACCCCGCUUGGAUACCACCUGGCCUCUCUGCCCGUGGACGUGAGAAUCGGCAAGCUCAUGCUGUUCGGGUCUAUCUUCCGCUGUUUGGAUCCUGCUCUCACCAUUGCUGCCAGUUUGGCCUUCAAGUCUCCUUUUGUGUCUCCCUGGGAUAAAAAGGAGGAAGCCAAUCAGAAAAAGCUGGAAUUUGCCUUUGCAAACAGUGAUUAUCUCGCCCUUCUACGAGCAUAUAAGGGAUGGCAGCUGAGUACAAAAGAAGGUGUGCAGGCAAGUUACAAUUACUGCAGACAGAACUUCUUGUCAGGAAGAGUUCUGCAGGAAAUGGCCAGCCUCAAAAGGCAAUUCACGGAACUCUUGUCAGAUAUAGGGUUUGCAAAGGAAGGCCUCAGAGCGAGGGAAAUUGAGAAGCGGGCCCACGGAGGCGACGGGGUCUUAGAUGCCACCGGAGAGGAGGCAAACUCAAAUGCUGAGAACCACAAGCUGAUAUCAGCAAUGCUGUGUGCUGCUUUGUAUCCAAACGUAGUGCAGGUGAAAAGCCCAGAAGGGAAGUUCCAGAAGACCAGCACUGGAGCCGUCAGAAUGCAGCCAAAAUCAGCGGAGUUGAAGUUUGUCACCAAGAGCGACGGCUAUGUGCACAUCCACCCUUCCUCAGUGAACUACCAGGUCAGACACUUUGACAGCCCCUACCUGCUGUACCACGAGAAGAUCAAAACCAGCCGAGUGUUCAUCCGAGACUGCAGCAUGGUGUCUGUGUACCCGCUGGUCUUAUUCGGAGGUGGCCAAGUGAAUGUGCAGCUUCAGAGGGGAGAGUUCGUUGUCUCCUUGGAUGAUGGUUGGAUCCGUUUUGUAGCUGCUUCACAUCAGGUGGCUGAACUAGUAAAAGAGCUUCGCUGUGAGCUCGAUCAGCUUCUCCAGGAUAAAAUUAAGAACCCAAGCAUAGAUCUGUGCACGUGUCCUCGGGGGUCGCGGAUCAUCAGCACGAUCGUGAAGCUGGUCACCACACAGUGAAGACCCAUCAGGAGAGCACGCGCCCCUCGCCCACGCUGGCCCACGUGGGAGAAGACAGCACCUCUACCUUGAACACACCUGUGCGCGCUGCCCUGUGGGGGGGGCAGGAGCCCCCACAGUGCUGGGGCCGCAGACCCGGGGGUCAGCUUCAGACUCUUUCCACAAAGCCUCAGCACUCCCAGCACAAUGUGGAGGUCAGUAGUGACAGUCGAAAACCCAGCUUGCCUGGCUUUUUCUCUGAGACUGUUCUUGAGUAAAUGAAAUUCACCUGAUAACACACAAGUGAAUGUUGAAUACAGUUCUGUUUUAAUCUGUGUAUUCUUUUUCUCCUGCUUUUUACUGGGGUGAGACAGGGCUUAGAAAUUCCCAUUGGGAUUUUUCUGUCAUAAAGGCUCAACUGAGAGAAGCCAGAACAGAGAAGGAAAAGAAAAAAGGGAAAAAAAUCAUGUCAACAAGAAAAAUUAAAAUUUCAUUUAGACUGUGACUACUGAGCAAACUUGAUUUGGGAGGGAUUUUUAUUUUUACUCAUUAAAGGCCAGCUUAAGAAAACAAGCUUAAUGAGUUGUUUCUUGGUAUAUUAAAAUGCAAGCUGGUC